AUGGGUGGCGGUUAUGCUAUGCAACCGAUUCAUCCAAACGAAAUAAUUGCUACACUUCCUCUAAAUCUAACAAUAUCCCAUAAACUUGCUCGUGAAUACUUGCCAUUUCUAGCUCCACUUAGUUGUCGUGCUGCGCUUGCUACAUUUUUGGUUCAUGAACGGCUUCUUGGAAAAUUGUCUUUUUAUCAUCCGUAUAUCAAUAUCUUACCAAAGUAUAUACCUACUCCUUUGACUUACACGGAACGAGAAAUGUCGUGGUUAAGAGGAACCAAUCUCGGUUAUGGUAUUGAGAUUGAUCCAGACGAUACUGAAGUAAAGGAAGCUUUAUUUCCAUUGAUUGAUUCUUUUAAUCAUAAGCAUAGACAAAAAAUUACUUGGGAAGUUCAUGAAAGGAACGAGUUACGCUUAGUUGCUGGUAAUUAUUUGAAAGCCGGUUAUGGAUUUUGUAUUCCUAAUAAUCCUGAUGACUGGGUAGUGAUCAAAGUAAACAUUUCACAAGAUCCUCAGUGUGAUGAAAAACUAGAUCUUUUAUCAAGUUUAGAACUUUCUGAACUUACUCAUUUUAUUAAAAGAGAUUAUAUUCCUUCAAAAUUAUUAUCUCAACUACGGGUGCUUGUAAUGAACUCUGCAGAAUUAUCCCAUUUUAAAAAAUUACAAGACACUCAAUGUAAUAAUAUAAAUGAGCCUAUAGGAUAUCGAAAUGAACUUGCAAUGUUAGAGACUUUUUCUAACUUGUUAAAAAUGAAAUUAGAAGUUCUUUUGGGUAGAGACGAAGAAUUUGUUGGAAUAAGUUCUGCGAGAGAAUCUGAGAUUGCAAAAAAUUGUAAAAUAUAUAUUGAUGGACAAAAGGAGAUUCUUACAAGUGCACUUGCAAUUAUUUAUUCCAAAGAAUUAAUUAUUCUUAAAGCAGCAUUAAAUGAUUCAAAAUUUAGUAGAAUUCCAAAACUACCCUUUGUAUGCAACAAUAUUAACAUUGAUUAUAAUAGCAAUAACAACACAUCUUUGACCGACAUAAAUUCAAUAAUCCUCGCUAAAAAUGAUAUAUUAGAUUUGUUGUUGAUUACUAUUGACAAAGUAAUGAAAAUUGAUAAAAAAUUUUCGAAAGCUAUUAAUGAAAUAUUUAGCGAAGAGUUGAUAGACAGUGAGCAAGAUACAAUCUUGAUACUUUAUUUAAUUUAUGAAGGUCAAUAUAUUGAAAAGUCCGAAUGGAAGUUAUUUUUUGAAGUCGCUAUUAAACAUAAUGAUUUUUAUAUACAAGAAUACGAAGAAAAAUUUCAAGAAUUAACAGAAUUAUAUAAUGAAUUACAACCACUUGUUUGUAAUCCAGACGUUAAAUUAUUUGACAAAGAUGUGUUUAAUAUUGAUAAAUUAGUCUGGUCAGUAUGUAUUUUCGAAAUAUGCUCUAUUACUUUUACGAAUAAGAAUAAAAAACAAUGUUUUGGAAUUGUAACUUUGUAA